AUGAAAAACAUAUUGAGGAAUAGAAAAGAAAAAGAAGAUGAUCAUAGUUCUAGUAAUGUAACGAAUGAAGUAAAAAAGGCUAGUUUUAUAAAUUAUAUAUGUACAAGUCUUAAGAAUGUAGUAAAAGACAAAAUCCAAAGUAAACAUAAAUAUUCCUUACUAAUAGGAUUAUUUAUUACAUUUUUAAUAUUUUGUGGGUUUUUUAGAUAUAUGACAGAAUUAUAUCAUACUCAUUUUUAUAAUUUCAAAUAUAUUGAUGUAUCUAAUACAGAAAAAUUAAAAGAAAUAUUUUUUAGUAAUAAUCCAUAUUUAGUAUAUUGUAAGAAUGAUAAAAAUACAAGUAUACACCCUGUGAUUAAUGCUAGUCGAUCUAACUUACCGGAUAUUCUUAAUAUUGCUGUAAUUAAUUGUAAAAGUGUUUUGCCAAGUAAACAAAACAUAUAUCAAAGAUUUAGUUUAGAAGAUAAUACACCUGCUUUUGUAAUUUGUUAUGGGAAGAAACCAAAACCAAUAAGUGUAACUUUAUUAAAUAAUAAAAAGAAAUUUGUAACUUAUGUACGUGAAGCUUUAGUAUUCAAUGUUCCUUUUUUUAGUAAGUUCCCACAAUUCCAAACCAAGUGUCUAAAUAAAAAUAAAAAAUGUGUACUCUUUAUUAACAAUUUAGAAUUAACAACUAAAAAUAUCCAAUAUAAUUAUAUUAAUGAUUUAUUUGUUACAAAUAAAUUUUUCAAUAUAAGCCCAUUAAUUAUUGAUAAUAAAAGAUUCUUAAUAAAAUUAAAUAAUGAAUUAAAUAAAUCUUAUUUUAAAAAAAAUGAUAUACAUGUUUUAUGCCUUUUUAAUGAUUCAGUUAAAAAUGUGGAUACGUUCUAUGGAUUCUUUUAUAAUGAUAACUUUGAUGACUUUAAAAAAUUAUCCACUUUUGUUUCUACAUGUAUAAAUGCAAAUAGCCAAACCAAACACGCUAUUAAAUUGUCGGAGCCUCCACAAAUUAAAUAUAGACCAGUCAAGCAAACCAAACAGUGA